UCUCACAGUACUACAGACGCGUCGCCCGCACAACGUUCGCUUGCGGAUCAAAUAUGCGCUUAACAUUUAUAGAAUUUAUUAGUGGAUGCAUUGUUUAGAAAUCCGGUAGCGAAUUAGUUGCAUUUAUUAAAUAAAACAGUGUUAUGGUCGUGGAAUAAUGUGCGUCCUACUAUCAGGUGUUUUAAUUUACACGCUUAUGCAAGUGUCCACAAUACAUGGAGAAGAUUUCGGCUAUGAUGGAGUUAUUGGUCCCAAAUAUUGGGGUGAAACAUAUCGGGAAUGUCGAGGCAAACACCAGAGUCCUAUAAAUAUUAAUAUUCUGCGUGUAAAGCAGGUUGCUUUACCAGAUAUAGUGUUUAUAGGAUUCGACGAUCCCAUAGACGAUGUUCACGUAACGAACAAUGGACACACGGUUUUGAUAGAAGUGGAGAACGAACCACAUCCACGAGUCAGUGGCGGACCCCUGGACGGUAACUAUGUGUUCAGUCAAAUGCAUUUCCACUGGGGAGAUAACGAUACCCUCGGAUCAGAAGAUAAAAUUAAUCAUCGAAGUUUUCCUAUGGAAUUGCAUAUGGUGUUCUAUAAAGAGGUAUAUAAAUCGGUUAAGGAAGCCGUUAAACACCCGGAUGGCCUAACAGUUCUUGCGUUCUUCUAUGAGCUCGAUCGUCACAACCAUCCCGCCUACGAUGAUAUAACCUCAGCGUUAACAAACGUCACCGACCCACAUUCAACAGUAGUAAUGAGCCAGCCGUUCUCUUUCCUCAACAUCCUCCCUCUAGAUUUAAGACGAUAUUUCACGUACAAGGGCUCAUUGACCACACCACCGUGUUCUGAGGUGGUUAUAUGGCUGGAUUUCGAACAACCCGUCAGAUUGGCCCAUGAACAGAUCGAAAUCUUCAGAGAACUUCGGUCGGCCAAUGGGAAGAUCAGGCACAAUUUCAGGCCAAUACAGCCUAUAGGCGAUAGGACGGUGUUCUAUAAUGUAGACAAUAAUUAUUUCACAUACAACGAAAUUGACGAUCCUGACACUGAAAAAACAAAGCCAAAACAGAAGAAAAGCGGACACAACAGCGGCGGUAACAUACAACUAAAUAUGAUUUACUUAUUUAGUGUGUUACCAAUCUUAGUAAAAAAUCACUACUGAAUGUAUAAUACUGUUUUGUAUAAAGUAUGUAGAUAAAGAAGAUAAUGAAAAUGUAAUUCAUAUUCAAUAGACAAUGUUCAGUCAAAAAACUGCACUUUUGGUACUGUAAAGAGUUUGCGCAUUUCAUAUUUAGAAAAUAAAUUGAUAAAUCAAUAAGUAUCAACAGUAAAUAAUAUGUUUAGUUAUUGUAUGUGAUGUUUGUAGUUUUGUGACAUAGUUAAAGCAUAACAAGAUGUCUGCAAUGUUUGUAAAAACGAGAAGAUUAUUAGGAAUUUGGUUUAAAGAUGACGGUCACACAAAGUGUGGUAAUAUAUGUAUUUUUAAUACUAACUCAUUAUUAUCUAAAUUACUUGUCUGUGAUAAACUAAAGAUAAAAUUUUCUAUUUAUAAAAAUAUAUAAAAUCUCAAAUGAUAAUUUGUUUGAAAGAAUAUAAUGCGAUAUUGAUGAAAUAAAAUUAACAUUUAUUCUUAAUAUUUAAUAAAACAUGCGAUUCUAAAAUGCUUCAAUCAUCUUCGGUAGACUUAUUAGCAUUCAAACUAACUAGUGCACUCAAAUUCUCUUCAUUGCCUUCCUUAAGUCUCUCCCAUAUUAAUUCGGCGAUAGCUUUCUGUGUUCGUCUUUCAAGUUUCUCCAACUUCUUUGCUACAUCUCUCUUCAAAUCCCAGUCCGGCUUCCUAGGAGCUAGACUGGAUAUAUCCAAGUCCUGAAGUACCACCUGGAAAUUAUAAAUUUAAUUAAAAAAUUUAUUUAUAUAAGUAUAGCAUGUAAGGUACAGCUUAAAGCUUAAUUAACUUAGGUAUUUAUAUUAGGUAGCUAUAGCUUUACAGAGUAAUGAUUUUACCGUCAAUGAAUUAGAAUAAAUGUAUUGUUUUAGA